GGAGGGGGAGGGGCUUAUUUCAGGGGAUCCCUGUGAGUAAGAGGCUGAUGGAGAGAUGUACGGAAAGCAAUUGAGGACAUAAUGAGUAGAAGCUCCUGUGUGAGACUGUCUCUUAUUCUACUCACUGAUCUAAAGACACUUGAGUCUCACCUCAGAGCUCAUUUCUCUUCUAACCUCCAACCUGUGGCUCAUUCCUGUCACUGAGGCUGAUGUGUGAGGAGGGAGGCCUGACGGUUGUGGAGCCAGGAGGGAGGAGGGGCGAUGCUCUACUGUACGACAUGGAAUGGACGAGAGCGAUUUCCCCUGAGCAUGUCCUAAACUGCUUUCCGUACAAAUUCGGCGGUGGCGGGUCCUACUUCCCGCCGUGUGAGGAGAAUAUGCAGUUCCACCAACUCUGCUCUUGUUUCUCACAACUCAAGGAUGGCGGAACCUCGCUUUAACAACCCGUAUUUUUGGCCUCCACCUCCAACCAUGCCCAGCCAGUUGGACAACCUGGUGCUAAUCAAUAAGAUCAAGGAACAGCUGAUGGCCGAGAAGAUCCGACCUCCUCAUUUGCCGCCCACUUCCGUCCCUUCCCAGCAGCCUCUGCUCAUUCCCCCAUCUCCUGCCGAGAGCAGCCAGUCUGUUAUGUCCCUGCAGAAGCUCCAGCAAAUCCCCGGGCUGCACCCCCAAGCAGUUCCUCAGCCCGACGUAGCAUUGCACGCACGGCCUGCCACCAGCACAGUCACUGCUCACUUCUCUUCUUGCUAUUCAGGCUUGGGCCUGUCAUCGUCCCGCAGUAAUGUCAGCACCUCAGAGUCCAGCACAGGUACGAGCAACGCUACCCCCUCAACUCCCACCUCCAGCAGCCAGACCAGACUCAUCGCUACAUCACCCACACUCAUCUCAGGGAUCACAAGUGCCCCCACUCUGGACUCCAUUAAGACCAUCCAGGGACACAGCCUCUUGGGACCCACAAAGCCUGAGAGGGGGCGCAAGAAAAUCAAAGCAGAGCACCCACCAGGGCACCCUGUUCUUGUCGUCCCGUACCCCAUCCUGGCCUCCGGAGAUAUUGGGAAAGAAGGAAAAACUUACAGGUGCAAAGUCUGCCCUUUGACCUUCUUCACCAAAUCAGAAAUGCAGAUCCAUUCGAAAUCCCAUACGGAGGCCAAACCCCACAAGUGCCCGCAUUGUUCCAAAUCCUUUGCCAAUGCUUCCUACCUAGCUCAACAUUUGCGAAUCCACCUCGGCGUCAAGCCUUAUCACUGUUCCUACUGUGAGAAAUCCUUCCGCCAGCUCUCUCAUCUUCAGCAGCACACCAGGAUCCACACAGGUGACCGACCAUACAAGUGCCCGCAGCCUGGCUGUGAGAAGGCUUUCACUCAACUCUCCAACCUGCAGUCUCACCAGCGACAACACAACAAGGAUAAACCCUAUAAAUGUCCCAACUGCUACCGGGCCUACACUGACUCCGCCUCCCUGCAGAUCCACCUCUCUGCCCAUGCGAUCAAGCACGCCAAGGCCUACUGCUGCAGCAUGUGUGGGAGGGCUUACACCUCUGAGACGUACCUGAUGAAGCACAUGUCCAAGCAUACAGUAGUGGAGCACCUGGUUAACCACCAUUCCCCACAGAGGAACGAGUCUCCGGGGAUUCCAGUCCGAAUUUCUCUCAUUUAAAAAACAUUUACACAAACGUAAGGCUGCUGUAGCCAUUCGCUCGCUCUUCAAGCCUCCUUCAUACGCAAUAUUUCCAGAUACAGUCAACCAGACAAAGGGGAUGGCUACACCAAGAGCAGCCGGACCGCCAGUUCCCACAUAAACCACCGCUCGGUCUAGUGAUGGAGCUGUAACAAAUAUGCAGGUUUUGGAACCUUCAGCAUCCAAUCAAUAUGUUCAUCUCUUGGGCACAGACAUGUUGGGCAGUACUGGUUCUGUUAGUUUAUAUGGUGUGAUCGAUCCCAUGUUACAUCCCUUUACAUUGCCACCCCAGGAUAUUUUUUGGAGGGUCUCUUUGCCUUUGGGAUUACAAGUAUUUCAUUUUGUACGCUUGUGGAACAUGCAAGCUUUCAAUUGGACGUCACUUGGAGUACAGAAACUUCUGAUUGGCUUACUUCUGAGGCAUGGUGACUUCAGUCUGGCUGUGUAUGAAAUUGUCCGUGGGUCACUGCCUUCGGGAGCGGGUCUGUCCGUAACUUUGGCCAAUCCAUUUAAGUGAUGCCAAAUUCCCAGCCGAGCACUUUGAAUCUUUCACCUUUUUAUAUUGGUUUAUUUUUUCCCUGACAUUUUUUUAUCCUCCAUUUUUUUUACAUAGAAGAAAACAAUAAAAAAAAAUCCUAUUUAUUGGCCAAGAACUUGGUGCUGCUAAGCGGGAAGAUUACAGGAAGGACAGAGAGGACAUGAGUUGAGCAGAGGAAUGGACUUAUAGGGUUCCGUGUGGUGGGGCCCUUCAUGUUUAGCUCCCUCGGUCUAGUUCUUCCUCAACUGAAAGGGCCAAGCAAUGGGUUUGGAUAUUGGCCUGCCAAUUAGUGUCUAUCCUCAUUAGUAUUAACGAGUUUCACUGCUGGGAGCAUGGUGGGAAGCACUGCUAGAGAGAAACGUGACCAAAUGAUUGAUUGGGCAGCGGUGACAUUCUUUCUUCAUCUAAACCCCCCACAUCUUACUGUCUCGUAAUCACAAUUAGCACUUAAAGAGACAAUAGAUAUUUGCACACAGAUAUGGUUGGGUAUGGUUUGAUGGAUGUAUACAUUCAGUCUGCUGCUGCUGCUGGCUAGCACUACCCAUUGAGUUUGGCUAUUUCUAUGUCAUUAAAACUCUAGCCAAAGGAA